CUCUCUCAAACACACACAUUCACUCACACACACUCACACACUCACACACUCACACACUCACACACACUCAUUCACACACACAUAAAUAAAUAAGCAUAAAAAAUUAAAGCCAUUGGUUUAUUAGAGAAGAAACAGAAAAACAAACCAAUAAGAUUGGGCGGGGGGAUAAAAGCCAUUGUUAAGGAGCAGAGUAGAUAAUCGCACACCAGCAGGAAAAUGCACUCAUACUAAAUCUACCUCUGACAAAAGCUUCAGAGACUGAAGAUGCCCUGAUCGCUAUGGCUCAGCAGAACAGCUUAGUUUACAAAUUGCAAAAUGGGUCUUGAGAGGGGCUCAGCAGUUAAGAGCUCUUGCUCCUCUCAGAGAGGGCCAGGUUUGAUUCCCAGCACCCACUUGGAAGCUCACGAGCGUCUGUAGAUGAUUCAAUUCCAGGGAAUCUGAGGACCCGUUUUGACCUCUUUGGCCAUCUGGCACACAUGUGGUAUACAGAAUUGUGCAGGCAUAACACCCAUGCACAUAAAAUAAUCUGAAGCCAAAAACUGUUCUUCAAGGGCCAGUCAGGCUCCUGCCUGCUGAAGAGCAGCCAGUGCUUUUAGCCACUGAGUCAUCUCUGAAACAGGAUCUCAUUCAGUAACCAAGCUGGCCUUGAACCCAUGACUGUCCUCCUUCCUAGUCUCAUACAUGCCUUACAGAGCAGGGUACCCUGCCCAGCUAGUCUGUUCUUCUUUAUUACUGAAUAGUGUACACCCUGUGGUAUGAACAUCAGCCAGGGCACUUAGGAGAUGGAGACAAGAGAAUUACAAUUUGAGUUUAAGAUCUACACAGCCCUUCUAAGCCAGCCAGAACUACAAACCCUUAUCUAAUAUAAAUAUAUAAGGGUUCACCCACGCGACUGACUGCUCCAGGCCGGACGCUGGUGUCACGGAGGAGGACACUCGCGAACCUUGCCCACGGCGUAUUGUGGAUGAUUGCAGCCGAGCCUUCACCAUGGGUGUCCUUGGUGGUGGAGUCUUCCAGGCUGUCAAGAGCUUCCGCAAUGCCCCUGUUGGAAUUCGACACUGGUUCAGAGGUAGUACCAGUGCUGUGAGGAUCCGAGCACUCCAGAUCGGAGGUAGCUUUGCAGUAUGGGGAGGCCUGUUUCCCACCAUCGACUGUAGCCUGGUCCAGCUGCGGGGCGAAGAAGACCCCCGGAAUUCCAUCGCUAGUGGAGCAUUGACUGGAGCCGUGCUGGCUGCCCGCAGUGGCAUGGUGGGCUCUGCAAUGAUGGGGGGUAGCAUCCUGUUGGCCCUCGUUGAGGAUGUUGACAUACUUCUCACCCACUAUGCUGCCCAGCAGUCCCGCAGUGCACACCCAUUCUUGGAGGACCCCAGCCAGCUAACCCCUAAAGAGGGAGCUCUGGCCCCAGGUUAUCCCAACUACCAGCAGUACCACUGAGGAAGCCGCUGUCUGCUCCUGCCACCGAGGGAGCUGCUCCUCAGGUCCCUCCUGGAUGAUCUACCUCCAAGGAAGGUCUGGCUCCUACAUAGCCCUGA